AUGAACUUGUUGACGUUACUUGUCUGUUCAUCUCUUGUUAUCACGACUGCCCUUGCUGCUACGGAUGAAGAUGGCGACGUCAGCAUGGUUAUGUUCACCAGGUUCAAGAAACGAUACAGGAAGAGCUACACCAAAGGAGCUCAGUGUUCGUACUUUAGACGCUGGAAAAACAGGAAACGAUUGAUUUACAGGCACAACAGGGCAAGUGCACUUGGCGAGACUUCCUUCCGUUUGGUGGACAAUCAGUUCGCCGAUGAAAGUGACGCCGAGUGGAAAGCAAAACUGUUGGGUCUCGUCAUACCUAGUGAAUUCAGCGCCAAGAAAUUCGGAAUCAGAGAAUUAACAUCGAUCGAUUUGAAGAAGGGCGUUGGUGAACGUCAAAUCAUCUCGUCUACCAUCACCAUCCCAUCAUCGCUUGAUUUACGCAAACAUCCGUGCAUGCCACCGGUUAAGAGUCAAUCUUCUUGCGGUGCGUGUUGGGCGUUUAUUGCCACAACGCCAGUCGAAUUUCAAUCGUGUUUGAGAAACGGCAAUAGAACAAUAGUGUUGAGUGAACAACAGCUGAUUGAUUGUAGCAGUUCUUAUGGCAAUUACGGGUGCAACGGUGGCUUCUACACACAGGCUUGGGACUACAUCUUGGCUGUUGGUGGACAAACGGCUAAUGCCACUUAUCCUUACAAGGCAGUGGCUGGAACGUGCCAGUUCAAACCGGGCGUUACGCGAGUGGACGGCAGAUUGUCCAGGUACUUUUAUCUGGACAGUAACGAGCGAACAAUUCUCUCUGCUCUACUGCAGAGAGGUCCCAUCGCCGUCUCCAUUGUGGCCAAUUCGAAAUUCAUCCUCUACAGCUCUGGCAUUUUUGACGACGAGACGUGCAAGGAUGGAACGAUCAAUCAUGGCGUCCUGCUCGUCGGUUAUGGCACGGCCAACGGCACCAACUAUUGGAUCGUUCGCAAUUCAUGGGGUCCGGCAUGGGGCCAAAAUGGUUACAUCUUAAUGAAGCGCAACGUCAACAUGUGCCGUUUAGCCGAGUACGCAUUUCUCGCCUUACUCUAAAUUUAUUUAAAAAAAAAAAAA